UGCACUUUGCUCUUUACAGACACACAUUCACAGUGAGCUCAGUGAAGUCAGACAGUCAGUGAAGAACAUAACGCCGUCAUGUCGCACCUCAGGAGCUUCCUCGCUUGCUUCUUGCUCCUCGUCUCCAUUUGCCAGGCGAACACUGGUGGUCUGAGGACCAGCACCAGCUCUCAGGGGUCAGGCUUGGUGUCCAACGGGCUGGUGGGACUGGCAGCAGUAGCCGGCUUCCUCUUCAUCGUCUUUUUCCUCCUCAUCAUCAAAAGGCUCUUUUUCAAAAAAGACACCAGGGAUGAAGAGGAGUCUGAUCCUGAGGUUUGUCCUGCAUAUGAAAAUGGAGCUUUCGAGGUAGAGACAUCGUUCAAAGAAGAGCCAAAAACCACCAACCUGUAAUUUCAGGAGAACACACACAGGACUCGAGCAAGAGUGCUUCAUUACACCGUCUACACGAGGUAUAAUGUGGACUUUGUGCAAACACUGUAAAGUACAAGGCAUCAUUAAAUCAGCUCUGUUCUUUUAAACAAAGUGACUUCCAGUUCCUUCAGCGAGUCUCAAGCAUUUCUCAAACAGACAUUAUUAUACAUGUCCUGUCAGCCCAAGCCUUUAUUCUGUUUGUAAAUGAGAUCUCUUGAAAUAUGUAAACGUUGAAUCAUUUGCCAUUAACAAAAGUGUAAAAACGUACACAUUUAUAUUUCUGACGCUUAUCAUGUCACACUUGUACAUUCGAAUUCAAUAAAAAAAAGUCCCAGCCUUUA